AAACAUGUCGGGAAAUUCCUCCUUCUCCCAGGACUUACUAUCUCAAAAUUACUGUAAAAGGAAUUGCUCUAAACUGCAAAUUUGUUUAUAAGCAAAAAUCAAAAGCGAGAUGAAAGCUUUUUACAUUAUAUGCAGAAGCCUAUAUACCAUAAAUCUCUGUGAGGUCUAUAAGCCACCUCAAAGGCUAUGUUUGUCCUAGGCUUGUGAUAAUCUUAAAAAUUUAAUGGACACCCGUCAGAAAUUCAAGUUCCUUUACAGUUAAGCCUCAUCAGCACAAAUACCAAGAUAAUCAGAGCUCCUUUGGAAAAACUGUUCUCAACUUUUUAAGGGGUCACGGGCACCUCUGAUCACUGAUUCCAGCUGUGAGCCCUCGCCAGUAGCAGCUCCCCGAGUUUUUCCGUAGGAAGGUCUUAGGCGCAGCAACCCAUUGCGGGGAGAAGGUGACGGCCCGGCCCGUGGCAGGCGGGGCCAAUCUGAUGAAUGAACCAAGUCAAGCUCCCCAAACUGCUCCGUGAGCGCCAACCCUGGCCCUUCACCCAGAAAGCCGUGCAUAUUCUCAAAAUUUCCCAAACAAUUUCAAGGAGUUCACAGACUGUAUUCGGGAAAGCAAUCCAAGCUCUGUCACGAAUUAGUGACGAGCUGUGGCUAGACCCGUCCGAGAAAGGUCUUGCCUUAAGGUCUGUGAAUUCUUGUCGGUCAGCGUAUGGAUGUGUCCUCUUCUCUCCGGUGUUUUUCCAAAAUUACCAAUGGUCAGCUGCUGUGGAAAUGAAAGAUAGAAACACAGUAUCAAAUUUAAAUUGCAAAUUGGGAAUGAAGUCACUUUUGCCCAUCUUUAGAUGUCCGAAUUCCCUCGAAAGAAAUGUCGAGAUGUGCAAAAUAUUCACCAGAUCUGAUAAGUGCAAAGUAAUUAUUCAAUUCUUCUGCAGAUAUGGUAUUAAAAGGACCCAUAAUGUGUGUUUUCAAGAAAGUCAGCCUUUGCAAGUUAUUUUCGAAAAGAGUACGUGUACUAAUGUACUAGUGAUUCAACCAAGAGUGCUUGCUGAGGCGGCUGUCUUUUUUCCAUCGAGUCAAGAGGAAGUCACCCUGGCUGUCACUCCCCUGGAAGUCUGCAUGAAGAGUUCUAGUGAGGAAUCAGUGGAUUUGAACAAUUCUGUGCACAGUGAGAUGUUUGUGGGUCCAGCUGAGUUUGACUUCUUUCAAAUUGGAAUCGACACUGAAAUAACAUUUUGCUUCAAAGAACUGAAGGGAGUCCUGUCGUUUUCAGAAGCUACACGUGCUCCUAUAUCCAUUUAUUUUGAUUUUCCUGGGAAACCAGUGGCUUUAAGUAUUGAUGAUAUGUUACUGGAAGCCAACUUUAUUUUGGCUACAUUGGCUGACGAGCCAAGUAGACCGUCUUCUCCGCAAUCGUUGUGUCUUCCAGAAAAACAGAAGAGGUCAGAUCUGGAAUGUUCAAAUGCAAAGGCUUGUGAGAAAGACAGCGGGACCGCGGAGCACGUGUCAGGAAGGGCAGCGCCCAAAAGGCUCCACCCUGACGGGACUCCCGGGAACACGUCCACGCCGGGAAACUGGGGCAGUCCUCUGGCCAAAAGAGCGAAUGGGGACACCAGUGAGGCGCCCGGAAGCAGCGUCAGCCCCACGGAGGAAGAGCCAGGGUCUCCGCAGCUCGGGAAGUUCUCUUCCAUGUUCUUUGGAGCAGUUUCUUCCGACCUGCAAGAACACUGCGACAACCCUUUCGACAGUCUGGCAACAGCGAGUGACAGCGAAGAGGACAUGAAUGGCAGUUUUUCCAUAUUCUAA